UUAUUAUGAAUUAUUAAUAUGAAUAUAAUUGUAGUGGAAACAUAAACAAGAAGUCGAUAUGUCCGAGUGGUUAAGGAGACAGACUUGAAAUCUGUUGGGCUUCGCCCGCGCAGAUAGUAUAAUCGCAAGAUGGAAGAACAAUCCGUAAACGGCAUCAUGUCAAUAUCAAACAGCACCAAAACGACGCAAGAUUUAGCCACUGAAGGUCAUAAGUACCUUGAAGAAACAAUUCAAUAUGCUUUUAAGAUACUCUCUUCCAUGAACGACGAACUUUGCAACCCCGUUUUAUGGUCUACUUCUCCUUCCGCUGCUACCUCUCCCAACGCUCCUUCCUCAAACGGAGACGCCAAUUCUGAUAGCUCCAGCCAACACGCCGACGGCGCUGCUCCCGGUGGCGGUGCUGGUGGCGCUCUUGAAGAAGCCCGUUUUCGGUAUAAAAAUGCUGUGGCUGGACUUCGGACUAUUCUAGCUGCAAUCCCCAACUCCCAGAAGGUAAACACAUUUGACAGUGGUUCAGCUGAUAGCCCUGCGGAUGAAGCUGAAAUCGAGAAGUUGGAAGAGCGAGCCUCCUCUUUAAGAAAGGAACUUGUCAACAAGAACUUGCACCUGAAGAUACUCAUAGACCAACUUCGAGAACUUAUCACUGACAUAUCAACAUGGCAAAGUCCUUUUUCGACAUGAUGUUGGCAGUGCUUGCAUUUGUAGAGAGAUAUGAAGUGAUCCAGAUUAUAGUAAAUGAGUUGUGGAAUCAUAAGAGGUGGUCUGAAGUCUGAACAUGUUUCAAUGUUCAUAGGGCUUGUAUUUUGUAUAGAAUAGUUGACAAAUUCUGCAAAAUAGCAACCUAUCAAUCUUUGAUGACAAUUUGAUGUAAUCCUUAAUUUGAUUGUUGCCAGAAAUGGUAGCUUGUUCCUUUGAUGGGAUCCUGCAUUUUAUAUUUCAGGUCUGUCUAUUUGGCUUUGAGGAAUUUUUGGAAAUGGAAAGGGAAGGUGGUUAUACAUACUAAUGUGAAAAAUAUCUUCUUGUGUAGUUAGGAGUGAAAGGAUUGUACGAUAUGAAAAUGGAGGAGUAUCUUGUUCAAGAUUUUCUUUGAAAAGGUUUACUUACCAAAUAUGAAAUACCAAUGAAUCGAUUAAAAAAUAUUGCUCUUACGGGAGUGGAUCCUCAACUCUGCAUCCCUUUCAAAUUUAUUAAAGAAAAAGGGUUUGAACCAGUAGUGACCGACUAUAUAAAGAAAUCGGAUCUAUUAUUGCUAAUUAUUUUCUUUACUUUUCCAUUCUUUUAAUCUACUAAAACAUGUUUGACGACCUGAUUUCAAUAUUCUGUGGCAGGAGUCUCCAUCAGGAAAUAUCUCAUAUCAUUAUGUAAUGGAAUCUGCAUGUGGUGGCAACGUUAUGACAACCCACUGGUGGGUUUGAUUAUAAUGCAAAUACUGUUAUUACUAUGUACCCCCUCUGUUUAGGUGGUAGGGUUUGUAAACACACUGUUCAGUAUGACUUCUUAUUUUUUAUGCAUUGCCCCUUUAUUCAAGUAAAGAAGAUUAAUUUUUCCAAUUCUUUGCAUUGGAUAUAAAUGGUAUUGUAUCAACUAUCAUUUUUAGAGGAUGUAGGCAGGUUCUUUGAUUUUAGA